AAUAAUUUUUAGUGGGCUGUGUGUUAGUGACCCAGUGUAGUUACAUAACUCCUCCUGUAGAAGAGGUGGUAGUGGAUGGCCCAGUUCAGGCCUCAGGGUGAGUCAGUAGAGCAGCCGCGCCCGCGCCUUCUGCACCGGCCGCCGCUGUCGCCAUCGACCUUGCCUUCGCAGCCACUUCUCCUUCUCAACCCCUCUUUUCUUCUAUGGGAGACUGAGGCAACCAUGUUCUUGGUCCUUCCUUUUUUCCGUUUGCAAGCGAUCCGUCACGGUUUUAGUAGCAAUCUUAAACCCGUAUUCUACUCGGCAUCGGAUCAGCGAUUCAGCGUCUAUAAAUAUAUCGUGCACCGUAACCAAAACAAACCGGCAGUUCAACCCCGAAGAACUUAGGUCAACUUGCGAGCCCUCGAUCAAGACGGCAGCACAGAAUAUGGCUUCCAAUGGCGCCGACGCACCGGGCGCGGAGACGGCGCUGACGGGCGCAGCGAGGCAAUGCAUAUGCUCGCCCACGACGCACCCGGGGUCCUUUCGGUGCCGGCUCCACCGCGGCGGCGGCGGCAUGCAGAGGCCGGCCUCGUGCCAGCAGUUCGGCCCCCCCGGCGCGCCGGGCUCCCGAUCGCUCUGCUCCGUCCACUUGCGCAGGGCCGCGUCAAAGCAGCGGUUGGCGCAUCACACCACCGUCGGCGGCGGCGGCGGCAUGUCGAGGUCGGCUUCGGAGCAGCAGUUCCUGCCCUCCGCCGGCGUGCCAAGAUUGGCGUCGUGGCAAGAUCUCGCUCAAAAGAAGUGACCAAGGAAAGGACCGAGAGGAGAGAUCCCUGUGUUUU